AUGGAUUUGAAAAUGUUGAUCCUUUUGGCUUUUUUGGGGGGAGUUUUGUCAGCACCAUUUGUCAAGGAAAAUGAAGCCAAGAAAUUUAUGCGUCAGAGGAGACAGACAGACUACUGGGAUCCAAAUAAUUCUCAAAACGUAUGGGGAUACACCAUUCAGGAGCAGGCCAAUGAGUACUGGACAUCACUUCGCACUAACGCACAAUACUACAUGGACAUGGGAAAUGUGAUGUUCGCCCGUUCUGUGGCUGAUGAAAACAACCGGUUGUACAUGGAAAUGCUGCGUAAUGCCAGAGCUCACUUGGACAGUCACAUGGGGAGACAGGGAUAAGAGCCACAGCCUGACCCACGGAGGAGCCGCGACAUCACUGCUCUCACAGUGCUGUGCUUCCACAACUG